AUGCCUGAAGGAAGCGCACAGCCCAGGUUAAAGUCAAAGCAGCAAAAUCGACCAGAUUCCACAACAGCCAGGCGAACGAGGAUGCUUCGGAAGAUCAAAAUCGAAGACGAUCAUUUAAGAAAACUCGCUGACGAAAUUAUGGCUGAAAAAAGACGUCUCUGUAUGAAACGGGAGGAACUGGCCCUUGCUUUGCGCGAAAAAGAACAAGCGGAAGCCAGUUAA